CAGGAUUCGAGCCAGCUCCUGGAUCGGGAAGUUAUGGCUACAACAACCUCUCCGGUUCAGUUGAAUUUCUCGGCACUGUUCAGCAAACUUUUAUCAACAAACCCCCCGAGAUUCGUCAUCGAACGCAAGACCAUUGAGAAGACAUGGAAGUUGAUGGACAAGGUGGUGAAAUUUUGCCAAGAUCCUCGGAUGAACCUCAAGAAUUCGCCUCCUUUCAUCCUCGAUCUCCUGCCGGACACCUAUCAGCAUCUGAGGCUCAUAUACGCCAAGUAUGAGCUCGAGAUGCAAAUCCUGAACGAGAACGAGUAUUUUCGGGAGUUCAUAUCGAAUCUCUAUCGGAAAUGCAAGCAAGCAAUCAAAUUGUUCAAGGACGGAAAGGAACGGAUUUACGAGGAGGGCACGGUACACCGGAGGAACCUCACGAAGCUGUCGCUGAUUUUUUCACACAUGUUGGCGGAACUGAAGGCAUUGUUCCCCGAAGGGACAUUCGCGGGAGAUACAUUUCGGAUCACUAAAUCUGACGCUGCCGCUUUCUGGAGAGACAAUUUCGGGAACCGAACGAUCGUUCACUGGAGAGCGUUUCGAGAAGCUUUGAACGUCGUGCAUCCGAUGACGAGCACUCUCGAGGCGAUGGCCCUGAAAACCACAAUUGAUUUAACUUGCAACGAUUACAUAUCCUGUUUCGAAUUCGAUGUCUUCACGAGGCUGUUCCAGCCUUGGCAAUCGCUCCUGAGGAAUUGGCAAAUACUCGCAGUCACUCAUCCGGGUUAUGUAGCUUUCUUGACAUAUGACGAGGUUAAGGCUCGUCUCUCUCGGCUGGAAAUGGCUGGUGCCUACGUCUUCCGACUGAGCUGCACCAAACUCGGCCAGUGGGCUAUAGGGUAUGUCACAUCAGACGGCAGCAUCCUUCAGACUAUUCCACAGAACAAAUCCCUAUGCCAGGCCUUGCUGGAUGGCUACCGAGAUGGAUUCUAUCUGUUCCCCGAUGGGCGGACAAUCAACCCUGAUCUAUCUUUCGCCGUCAGAGAGGAACCCGAAGACCAUAUCCAAGUGACCGAGGAGCAGUACGAGCUCUACUGUGAGAUGGGAUCAACCUUCCAGCUGUGCAAGAUCUGUGCAGAGAACGACAAGGAUGUUCGAAUCGAGCCUUGUGGUCACCUGCUUUGCACGCCAUGUCUCACGUCGUGGCAGGACUCCGACGGUGUCGGUUGCCCCUUCUGUCGGGCGGAAAUCAAAGGAACCGAGCAGAUCGUAGUCGAUCCAUUCAAAGAUAAAAUAAAGAGGAACGCUGCGAGAGCCGACAGGUCGAACGGGAACGCAAGCUCGGCGCAGGACGCACAAGCUAGCAGAGCUCUGAUCGAUCUUAAUAAUGAUGAGGACACAAGUGUUUGAGGAUGAAUAUUGGAUUCAGAAAACAGCGACAUCGACCCAGGCUUCCCUGCAUGUCUCGACUGUGAGACGCUCGAUUGAGCCACGCGUCAGUCGAGGGGUUUCAGCACCUUGUAAACAUUUCCUAGCUAUCCGGAGGGUGUACAUAUCCGAAGGAAGAAGUUCCUUUCGAAUCCUUGUUAUGAGAUCAUCCAAAUCACACCGUGACCUUGACAAGAGCCAAAGGCUGAUCGACAAUCUUACCUCAAUCGUUGUGAACUUACAUAGUUUUUAAUUGAAAGAAGAGAGAAAUGGGUACAUUCAACCUCGCAGAGAACGGAUAUCUCAGCCAAGAAAGCUCCGAGAAUGUGAUCGCGAUGAUGAGAAAAAUCGCUUGACGGAGGAGAAUGCCCUUACGAACGAGACAACUUGACCAAGGGAGAG